AUGGACUGGCAGGGUAACCAGACUCUCAUCUCCCACUUCAUCCUUCUGGGCCUCUUCAGCCACUCACCAUUACACCUCUUCCUCUUCUGCAUCAUCAUGCUCAUGUUUCUGGUGGCCCUGUCUGGCAAUGGGCUCAUGAUCGUCCUCAUCAAUACAGACUCGCGGCUGCACAGCCCCAUGUACUUCUUCCUCAGCUGGCUGUCGCUGAUGGACCUCAUGCUCAUCUCCACCAUUGUGCCCCGCAUGGCGGCUGACUUCCUGCGAGGUGGGGGUGCCAUCUCCUUCACGGGCUGUGGACUGCAGAUCCUCUUCUUCCUCACUCUCCUGGGUGAUGAGUGCUUCCUGCUGGCGUUCAUGGCCUAUGACCGCUAUGUGGCCAUCAGCAACCCCCUGAGGUACUCGGUGGUCAUGAGCCGCUGUGUCUGCUGGCUCAUGGUGGCAGGAUCCUGGCUCUUUGGCCUGGUCGAUGGGUUGAUCCAGGCUGUCUUCACACUCCGCUUCCCCUACUGUGGCUCCCAGGAGAUUGACCAUUUCUUCUGUGAGGUUCCCGCUGUGCUUAAACUGGCCUGUGCUGACACCUCCCUCUAUGAAACCAUGAUCUAUGUCUGCUGUGUCCUCAUGCUGCUCCUGCCUUUCUCUGUCAUCUCUGCCUCCUACCUGCGCAUCCUGGUGACUGUGCUCCGUAUGCGGUCUGCAGAAGGCCGGCAGAAAGCCUUUGCCACCUGCUCUUCCCACAUGAUGGUGGUCUCCCUCUUCUAUGGGGCCGCCAUGAUCACCUACAUGCGGCCUCAGGCCUACCACUCUUCCAAGCAGGACAAGGUGGUGUCUGCCUUCUAUACCAUGAUCACCCCCAUGCUCAAUCCUCUCAUCUACAGUCUGAGAAACAAAGAAGUGACUGGGGCUCUGAGGAAACUCCUGGGAAAGUGUCCCUGUGUGGGCAGGGUGGGAGAUUGA